AGAAUGACUAACACGUCAACAAUCUGGCUGUCCUGAGACAUACAGGUUUACCUGGCAGGCAUGAAAAACUAUAGCAAACAGAUUUCAUCCAUUCCAGUCAGCAGUAGCAGUUUAUCUGAAAAGCAGCCAGUGAAUUUGGACAACAAUGGACUGUUGCUAUAGGUCUCCUGAGGAAAAGGAAAACCAGAGAAUAUCCAGAGAAAUAGAUAGACAACUAAGAAAAGAGAAAAGCAAUAAUAAGGAGUUGAAGCUGCUGCUUUUAGGAACUGGUGAAAGUGGGAAGAGCACCUUCAUCAAGCAGAUGAGGAUCAUCCAUGGCAACGGAUACAGUGAAUCAGACAGAAAAGGUUUUACCAAGCUGGUGUGUCAGAAUAUCAUCACAGCCAUCCAGGCACUGAUUGAGGCCAUGGGGACUCUGAAGAUCGACUAUCUUGAUGAACAGAAUAUUCGCUAUGCUGAAAAACUGAAAGAAGUGGAGGAAAUUCAGGUGAAAACACUGGAGCCCUGGCAGGUGGACGCCAUUAAGCGAGUGUGGAGUGACCACGGAGUACAGCAGUGUUACGACAAGAGGCGAGAGUUCCAGCUGUCAGACUCUGCCAAAUAUUAUCUGAGUGAUAUGGACAGAAUCACGGCCAGAGAAUACGUUCCCACUCUGCAGGACAUCUUAAGGGUCAGGGUUCCCACCUCGGGGAUCAUAGAGUACCUAUUUGACAUGAAACAAGCUGUCUUCAGGAUGGUGGAUGUGGGUGGCCAGCGCUCCCAAAGGAAGAAAUGGAUCCACUGCUUUGAAAAUGUCACCUCCAUCAUAUUCCUGGCAGCCCUCAACGAAUACGAUCAAGUCCUUUACGAGAGUCAGACAGACAACCGGUUGAAGGAGAGCCUCGCCCUGUUCAAGACAAUCGUCUCAUCCACGUGGUUUCAGGAGUCGUCCACCAUCCUCUUCUUGAAUAAAACAGACUUGCUGGAAGACAAAAUCAGAACAUCUGAUUUGGCAACAUACUUCCCAGAAUACAAAGGGCCUUCCCAUGAUGCUGAAUCUGCAAAAACGUUUAUUGAGAAGAUGUACAAAAACCUCCACAAAGAUCGUCAUAAACCUCUCUACACACACUUCACCUGUGCCACAGACACAGAAAACAUCAAGGUUGUCUUCAAAUCAGUCAAAGACACAAUCUUUAUGGAUAACAUGGAAUUUUUAAACCUUUAAUAAUGAAGCAGAGAUUCUUUUUACGUGGUGGUAACCACAGGUUCCAACAACAGUACUGAAUAUUUGGUUGGUUUAAUGGUUUUCAUUUUAGUUUGUAUAAAACAUGAAAAAUGACAGAAAUUCAGAAACAGUUAAGGCAGCGAGGCAAUCUACGCUUUAAAUGAUGUUUUAUUGUAACAGCUACAUAGUAAUGUUGUCCAGUGUCAAAUAUAUUAUGGCAAGAGGUAAUAUAUGUACAGCAUUGACAUUUAUUUAUUAUGCCCACUUGGAAAUUAUGGGCGUUUUAUAGUAUGACACACUUUAAUUCACUUGAAUCAGAUGACGUCUGUCUUGCAAAGUCCUUUGAAUGAAGAAUGCCACAAAUCCUGCCCUGCAGCUUUGUAAGAAUGACACCAUAAGCAAAAGACAUGAAUUUAUUUUCAUUUUAAUGUCACAAUGAUAAUGACACAAUGUUUUACAGUAAAAAUCUUUAUCUUUUUGUUCCCACUGUCUCCAAAUUGUGUUUGUGGCAAAACCUAACGUGUCCUUUGUUGCACAAUUUGAAUUAAAAUGUGUGUUGUCACUUUAAAUUGUACAUAAUUAAAAGCCUUGAUU